GGUGGGUUUUUUCCUUUUCAUGUUCUGUAAUAAAUGUUCUGUAAUAAAUAAAACAACUCAACUUCAUUAAAAACCCAUCUUUUAUUAUUGUUUUGCAAGUAACGAAACGCACUUGACAUACAUUGAUACAACAAACAAAACAAACCCCUCUUUUUCUUUUUCUCAUUUUCACAGAUUCAUCAUCUUUCUCUUCACAUAUUACUCCUGAUUCCACUGCUUUAUACACAAUACAUACACAAGAAUUCACAAUCAAGAACUGGGUUGUUUCUUGAUACCAACACUUUUCACCUGAGGAAUUCAAUGGAACAAUUUGUCAACUUCAUCAUUCGCCCACCAAGAGCGGAAUACGACCCAAACAAUGAUCUCUUAGAUCAGGAAUUCAUGCUUAAAGGAAAGUUGUUUCAGAGAAAAGAUUUAGAGGUAAAGAACAGCCGAGGAGAUGUUCUCCAGUGUAGUCACUACGUGCCUAUAGUCCCACCAGAAGAAAAAGCUUUACCUUGUGUUAUAUACUGUCAUGGAAACAGUGGGUGCAGAGCAGAUGCGAGUGAAGCAGCUAUAAUAUUACUGCCUUCAAACAUCACAGUUUUUACCCUUGAUUUCUCUGGAUCUGGAAUAUCAGGAGGAGACCAUGUAACCCUUGGGUGGAAUGAAAAAGAUGACCUGAGAGCUGUUGUAAACUAUUUACGCGAAGAUGGGAACGUGUCUUUGAUUGGCUUGUGGGGCCGCUCAAUGGGAGCUGUGACUAGCUUAAUGUAUGGAGCUGAGGAUCCUUCCAUUGCAGGGAUGGUUCUUGACAGCCCUUUCUCAAAUUUGGUUGAUUUGAUGAUGGAACUUGUGGAUACGUACAAAAUUCGCCUCCCCAAAUUUACUAUCAAGUUUGCAAUCCAGUACAUGCGAAGAGCAAUUCUAAAGAAGGCAAAAUUCGACAUAGAGGAACUGAACACUAUCAAGGUCGCAAAGUCUUCCUUUGUACCAGUUCUAUUGGGACAUGCCAUUGAUGAUGAUUUCAUACAACCACACCAUUCUGAUCGCAUAUUUGAUGCGUACAUGGGAGACAAGAACAUAAUCAAAUUUGAGGGUGAUCACAACUCACCUCGCCCUCAGUUUUAUUUUGACUCUGUCAAUAUAUUUUUCCACAAUAUCUUACAACCUCCAGAGGAUGAAGUUGGAGCAGCCUUUUCAUAUACAUCUGAUGAUUAUUUUGGCAAGGGUAGUUGGAAUGCCAUCCAUGAUUUGGAAUAUGCACAUGACUUUUUAGCUGUACCCCCAGCUCCAGUAGCAAGUAGUACUGAAGAUGCCAUCAAUCAACUAAGAUCCAAAAGACCUAUGAGCAAAAUGGAGGUACCAUGUGAUAUUGCAUCCAAAGAUAAACAAUCUGCAGCUCAGGAAGAAGGGUCUGGAACUCAGCGCAGCUCAACAUCCUCUAAGAUGAUAAAUUUUGAACUCUCAAAUGGUCACCUUAAUGGACCUCAUGUGCCAGUUUCAGUAGACGACGAUGAUUACCUUGAAUACUCAUUUGAUGACAUGCCAGAUAUCCCAAGCAAUGUGGAUGAAGAAGAAAGGAUGUUCAUGGAAGCGAUAAUCGAGUCUUUAAAAGACCUAGAGAUGAGACAGCCUCAGAGUGAUGAACAGCAAUCCAGUGUCAGCAACAAACCUUCUUUACCGUCUGGAAGAGAUGACACCACUGCAGAAUCUCCUACGGCCAACACUUCAUCUCCCACUGUCAAUUAUAUAACAUCCGAACUUCAGUCUCCUGAUUCUAGCACAUCAUCUUAUCAAACUCCAGUAAACCAGGAGUCAAUGGAAUUAGUGAGUACUGGAGGUUCUGCUCGUAGUGAUAACGUAACGAGCUUUCAGACCUCUUCCGAGACUGAUGGAACAAAAGCGACUGUGACAGUCGUUAAAAACCCAGCAAACAAUAUCAUGGAUGGCUUGUUACGUCGUUGGGAUCUCAAUUUUUUCAAAAGCCGAUGACGGCAGAUGGUUCUAAUAUUAUUCUUUCACACGUAAAGGCUGUCUUCACUCUUUACUUCUGAUAAAGAGCUUUCAGGUAUGUAGUGUCGUGAAAUAGUUUGUGGGGUAAAAAGAAAAGGAAAGGAAACAAGAAAGUUGUUGUAUAUGUCUGUUGAAGUGGGUAACUGGGUAUCGUAGUCAUAUCAAAAUGAUUUACGAGUCAAAAAAUUUGUUGAAAAUUGUAACUUGUAGAUUCAAUGUUGCAGUUAUAGUUGUGAACUUAACACCCUGUGGGAAAGAUAGGAAGUGAAAAUCUGGGGGCUAGGAAAUUUCCCUGUAAAUUACAUUGGUUCUUAACUAGUGUGCUUAGUUUGAAAGAUAUGUAAAGUGUGAACAGUAAGCGUUCAUGUUUUCAAUAUUUGUUCUAUUUGGUGGCUAGAAGAUAUUUUGGGCAUUAUGUAUAAAAGUGCCUGGCCCUCUGGGUCUAGCUGAUGGGUGUAAAUUUUUAUGUGUUGAGUUUGCUAUCUUGAUCCAAGGUGCAGUCAAAAAUUAAUUUAUCUGUGAAUUCUCGUAAAUUAAUUUAGCUAAUACAAGGAAGUCUUAUUUUAUCA